CCUUUAUUUUACCUCUACAAAAUGUCAACAGACUGACACAGACGUCAAUACGCAAAUAAAGAAAAAGAGAGGUGGAAAAAUAUACAAAUAAGGAGGAAGAAAAAUAUGAAAAUUAGUUCAGAAUAAUACACAAAUGAUGUUCUGAAUGAGGGAUGAGAGCAGAUAUAAUGAUCACACUGUUUAAAGCUGCAGACAGAAACAUCAGACUCAGGACAGAAACACACGACCUCUAAAAAAUGGAGCAAACUCUAUAUUUCAUUCUUCUUCUCAUUGCUCUCUGCUCCGUAUCUGAAUGUGUUCAGCGUCAGUAUCACUUUAUAAACGUGAGGAAGACCUGGACUGAAGCUCAGAGAUACUGCAGAGAGAAUUACACAGAUCUGGCCACCGUUGACAACAUGAACGACAUGAUCGAGCUGAACAAGAGUGUGAAAGAUUCAGGUGUUCAGUAUGUCUGGAUUGGACUGGAGAGGAAAUGGCAGUGGUCUUCAGGUGAUCCUGCGCUCUAUCUGAACUGGGCUCCUGGACAACCUGAUGGUACAGAUGAGUGUGGUUUUAUGAGAAAUGGACAAUGGCAUGAUUGGCCAUGCAGUAACAGCCUGACUUUCAUCUGCAGUUCAUCUAACAACAUGAACACAGGACUCGUCUUUGUCAAUCAGGCGAUGAAUUGGAGAGACGCUCAGAGUUACUGCAGACAGAAUCACACUGAUCUGGUCAGUGUGAGGAACCAGAAUGAGAAUCAACAGCUUCAGAAGUUCAUCAGUGAUAAUCACAUAUCUGGUGAUGUCUGGAUCGGUCUGUUCAGAGACUCAUGGCAGUGGUCAGAUCAGAGUAACUCCUCAUUCAGAUACUGGUAUCCUGGUGAACCUAAUAAUGCUGGAGGAAAUCAAAACUGUGCAGCGAUUUAUCCGAACACUCAGGGACAAUGGAUAGACGCCUCUUGCAAGGACCAAUAUCCUUUUGUGUGUCAUGAAGAUAAACUGAUUCUGAUCAAAGAGAAUCUGACGUGGUCUGAAGCUCUGAGAUACUGCAGACAGAAUCAUACGGAUCUGGUCUCGGUUCAUUCAGAAGAGAUUCAGCGUCGUGUGAUGAAUGUGGUUAAAGAGGCGUCUACUGAGGCGGUGUGGUUGGGUUUACGUUACUCCCACAUUUUGGGCAUCUGGUACUGGGUGAGCGGAGACACCGUGUGCUAUCAGAACUGGGCUCCAGGGAACGGCACAGGAGAGGAAGAGUGUGAGCGUACAGUGAGAUCUGGAGCAGUUCAGUCUGGAGGAGAUCAGCGCUGGAUCAGCCGUCCUGAGACUGACAGACUCAACUUCAUCUGCAGCAGAUAUGAAGAGUGAAGGAUACGUUUGUGCUGUUCUUUCUUUUUUUUCUUUUUUUUUUUUUAACUGGUAAACACUUACUGUUUUCAUCAGAUAAUGUGCUUUAAGUAGUUAAUUUCUGUAACUGAAGAGUAUCAUAUGAGUCUUUUUAAUAUCAUUGUAAUGAUCUUUGGACAUUUAAAUACUAAUGUGCACUAUAUAUAUUUUAAAGACCCCAUGAAAUCAAAAUGAGUUUUAAUCUGUGGCUUUAAGCUACAUUUACUGUACAUUUCAAUUUUACAGUUGUUCUUUUCUGGAAAAACAACUCAAAAUAUCUUCAACUCAGACUGUUCAAUCAAACGUACUUGCAGUUAAAUAGAAAAUAGAAAAUCAUGGUUCAAGUAUUUGGCAUAAAGCAUAUUGGAUAUUUAAAAGGAAAUAAAAAGUAAAGCACAAUCCACAUCAGCUGAUUUCAUGGGAUCUUGGGAUUCUGGUGGUGUGGAUACUUUCUUCUGCUCACUCCUGUUUUGCACUAGUCAUAUCUUUACUUGUUUAAAAAUGACUGUGAGCAUCUAUUUGUGUCUCAAUUAAAUAAAAAUAUGGUUUAUUCUUAAAGAAAAACUGGAAUAAAUGGAGAGGGACAAAACAUGGAGGAGUGGUUCACUCACUGCAUUGAUAUAUAUAUAUAUAUAUAUAUAUAUAUAUAGGCCUCCUUGAUUAUAAUAAGAAUUUUCUUGGUGAAUUUUAUGAUUUUGAUUAUGGGUGAUUUUAAUAUCCAUGUCUGUUCUUGUAAACUCAUGACCAAAGAAUAGUUGAACUUAGUUGAUUCUUUUAUCUGAUCUCAGUGUGUCUCUGGACCUACACACGAUCAUGGACACACGCUUGACUUGGUGUUUUCUUUGGGGAUAAUGAUGAAUAUAUUUGUGUUGAAGAAACAGCUAUCUCAGACCAUAGGAUUAUUAGGUUUAAUCUGUAACAAAUGUUCUGUUAUCAGCCUCCAUUCUUGUCUCGUGUUAACUAUCUCUACACCUAAUGCGUUCUCAGCUGCUUUCAGUCCUACUGAGUUAUCUCUUCCUAUCGAGUCUACAAUGUUGCCCUCUAUAGGACAUGAUGAAUUGGUAAUUUUUUUAAUAAUGUUUGUUCAGAGAUCUUGGAAAAUGUUGCACCUUUUAAAAUGGGAUAUCAAAAGUGAAAAAAUAAAAAUAAAAUAAAAAUAAAAUGUGGAUGAGUAAUAAAUGAUCUUAAGCGGGUUUGUCGACAUAAUGAAUCUCAUUGUUUGAGUAAAUCUGAAUUGAUUUCUUUAGCUCAGUUGAAAGGUAUUAUAUUGCAUUUAAAGCCGACUGCUUCACUUCAUGAUGUUCUCCCGUCACGACUGUUUGUCUCUUGUGACGCUGUGCCGAGAGCAGCUGUUUGUGUGCGUUCAUGUGUUUUGGAGGAGGUGUGGCUUUGGAGACGCUCUGGAUUUUUGAGAGUUUUUAAACAUUUUUCAUUGGUAAGGCUGAUUUUAUUUCGCUCAAAUAUUUUGCCUGUAGGGAAUGUCGUAGUCGACAUAAUGAAUCUUUCUCAUUAUUUGAGUAAAUUCGAACUGAUUUCUUUAUCUCAGUUGAAAAAAGCCGAUUACUUCACUUUAUGAUGUUCUCCUGUCGCGACUCUUCAUGGAGGUUGUAAACACUAUUGAUCCUAGUAUUUUAUCGAUUAUUAACAGCAGUAUAUUUUAUGGCGCUGUACCAUCAGGGUUUAAGCAUACUAUUAUUGAACCAGUCUUAAAGAAAAUGGGCAAAGAAAAAAGAAAGAACUUGGAUCCACAGGAUUUUAAAAAUUUCAGGCCUAUUUCAAAAUUGCCUUUUAUGAAUAAGAUUUUGGAGAAAGUUGUCCAUAAUCAACUUGACUUUUUGACUGAAAAUAACAUAACGGAUAUUUUUUCAGUCUGGACUUAGGACCAAACAUAGGAGAGAAUCAGCGUUAUUAAAGGUUGCUAAUGAUAUUUUGUUAAGUAUUGACUAUGGUAAAGGUGUUUCCUUAAUGAUGUAAGAUUUGAGUGCAGCCUUUUGUACUUUAGAUCAUGUAAUUUUAAUAGAAAUCAGAAACUUUUUUCUGCAUCUGCGACUAUCUCUUGGGGGAUUCAACAGGGAUCAGUUCUUGGUCCGACUCUGUUCUCUUUAUACAUGCUGCCUCUGGAGUCAAUUUUUAGGCAAUACAAAAUUAAUUAUCAUUUGUAUGCUGUAUUUUUCUGUAUUUUCCUUUGGAGUGUGAUGACUGUACAUAAUUAUUAUAAGUGCUUGACUGAGGUAAAGGGAUGGCUUGCAAAUUAUUUUUUACAAUUAAAUGAGGAUAAGACAGAGUUUAUUAUAUUUGGGAAUAAAAAGCUUGAGAAAGAUGCAGUUGAAAGUUAUGGACUAUUGUCUAACAAUAUGCAUGGUGAUGUGAAGAACUUAGGAGUAAUUUUCAAUUCUGAAAUCCAUUUUGAUCAUCAAGUAAACAGCGUUGUGAAAACAUCUUACUUUCAGUUAAGGAAAUUGUCUAAACUGAAAUCUAUCCUUAUAUUAAAGCCACAGAUGAGAAU